AUGGCGCAGGCCCAUGCAUCUGGGUCGCAAACAGUGCCAUCGACGCAAUGGAGGCGGAGGGAUGUACAAGAGCCACACUGCCCUCACCAACGAGGAGUUGCGGAUGACACUGAUGUCAUGGAAUUGAACGACGAUGUGGAGGUGACUGGCAAAGACCUCCUUCCUUUGGUACAGUUGGCAUUGGACCUUUGGUCGGGUGGCAUCAGUGCCACCGGUGGAGCUAUCAAUCCGGCAAAGUCCUUCUGGUGGCUGAUUGAUUUCAAAUGGCGGCGGUCCUCUGGCACGUGGGUGUUUCAAAGGAAGGCUGAAAUGCCUGGGAAACUGACCAUCCAAGAACCUACGGGGCUUUGGGCGACACUACGACGCCUCCAACUAGAUGAAGCUGAACGGACCCUGGGUGUCAUGAUGGCCCCACUUGAGACAGGCACAGCACCGCAUCUUCCGCUGCAGGAGAAUGCCAAGAACUGGGCAGCCAAGUUCUGUCCCCAACAUCUGCUUCCCGACGAUGUUCUUCCCUUGAUCAAACAUGAUGCCCCGUCCCUGAUUCUACAAGUGAGCUUGCACAAAACUGGGGUUUGCCAUUCAUUUCCCCGUGUUGGGGUAUUUGCAACUCUGAAGUACCAGGGAGUCUUCCACCAUCUCAGUGUUCUGAUGCGCCAUUCAGCCAGUACUUGGAGGCCAACCUACAGUCCCACCAACUCGAAACGGGCACCUCCUUUCCCUUGCUUCAACAAGAACCCACCAACACAGGGAUUCUUGCCUCUGAAAAAUGGAUCAAACAGGUUUGGAUCAAGCUUGACUCUCUUAGCAUCUAAUCCUCCCUUCCUUGUCCCUUCACCACUGUAUCAAUGA